AUGCUGACCCGCCUGUUCAGCGAGCCCGGUCUCCUCUCGGAUGUGCCCAAGUUCGCCAGCUGGGGCGACGGCGACGACGACGAGCCGAGAAGCGACAAGGGCGAGGCGCCGCCGCCACCUCCGCCUCCGCCGGGGCCCGGGGCUCCGGGGCCCGCCCGGGCCGCCAAGCCCGUCCCUCUCCGUGCUGACGAGGUGCCGGAGGCCGCGCUGGCCGAGGUCAAGGAGGAAGGCGAGCUGGGGGGCGAGGAGGAGGAGGAAGAGGAGGAAGAGGAAGGGCUGGACGAGGCAGAGGGCGAGCGGCCCAAGAAGCGCGGGCCCAAGAAGCGCAAGAUGACCAAGGCGCGCCUGGAGCGCUCCAAGCUGCGACGGCAGAAGGCGAACGCUCGGGAGCGCAACCGCAUGCACGACCUGAACGCGGCGCUGGACAACCUGCGGAAGGUGGUGCCCUGCUACUCCAAGACGCAGAAGCUGUCCAAGAUCGAGACGCUGCGCCUCGCCAAGAACUACAUCUGGGCGCUCUCUGAGAUUCUGCGCUCGGGCAAGCGACCCGACCUGGUGUCCUACGUGCAGACGCUGUGCAAGGGCCUGUCGCAGCCCACCACCAACCUGGUGGCCGGCUGCCUGCAGCUCAACUCGCGCAACUUCCUCACUGAGCAGGGCGCCGACGGCACGGGCCGCUUCCACGGCUCCGGCGGCCCAUUCGCCAUGCACCCCUACCCGUACCCGUGCUCGCGCCUGGCAGGCGCACAGUGCCAGGCGGCGGGCGGCCUGGGCAGCGGCGCGGCGCACGCCCUGCGGACCCACGGCUACUGCGCCGCCUACGAGACGCUGUACGCGGCGGCUGGCGGCGGCGGUGCGAGCCCGGACUACAACAGCUCCGAGUACGAGGGCCCGCUCAGCCCCCCGCUCUGUCUCAAUGGCAACUUCUCGCUCAAGCAGGACUCGUCGCCCGACCACGAGAAGAGCUACCAUUACUCUAUGCACUACUCGGCGCUGCCCGGCUCGCGGCCCACGGGCCACGGGCUGGUCUUCGGCUCGUCGGCUGUGCGCGGGGGCGUCCACUCGGAGAAUCUCUUGUCUUACGAUAUGCACCUUCACCACGACCGGGGCCCCGUGUACGAGGAGCUCAAUGCGUUUUUCCAUAACUGA